AUGCACAUUGGUCAGAGGUUCCUGUCAUCACGUUUUCUAUCUGAAAAUCAACACUGUUGAAUUUUCUAACACAUUCUGUGUUCAUGGAGAAUUUAUUGGGACUUCUCAAAAUUCAUGUUCAAAGAGGUGUUAAUCUUGCUAUCAGAGAUGUAGUCAGCAGUGAUCCUUAUGUUGUCAUCAAAAUGGCAAAACAGAAGCUGAAGACUAGGGUCGUGAAGAAGAAUCUAAAUCCUGAGUGGAAUGAGGACUUGACUUUAUCCAUUUCAGACCCUCAUACUCCAAUCCAUCUCUAUGUGUAUGAUAAGGACACAUUCAGCUUGGAUGACAAAAUGGGGGACGCUGAGUUUGACAUCGGCCCAUUUUUUGAAGCAGUGAAGAUGCGGUUGGCAGGUCUCCCAAAUGAGGCUAUAGUUACAAGGGUGCAACCUAGCAGACAAAAUUGCUUAGCAGAAGAGAGUCACAUUGUUUGGAAAGAUGGUAAAAUUUUCCAAAACAUGGUUCUUAGACUAAGAAAUGUCGAAUGUGGGGAAGUGGAACUCCAGUUGCACUGGGUUGACAUUCCUGGUUCAAAGGUUAUGUAGGUUACCAAAUACUUAAUGGCAGGUUAUGAGAGUUGUAGCCGUAUUAACAGCUUAUGGUUUUUCACAUAAUUUACAAGUAGUUUAUAUGUUGAAAUGUCUUUUUUGUUUUUCUGCUGUUUGUCAUUGAGUAUAUAGCAAUGACUAGUAGUGAAUGAAAAGAAAUGGGAAAUGCUAGUUGUUUCCCUUGCAUACUUGAAUUGUGUUCGACUUAUGUAAUAAACAAGGAACAUGAGAAAGAUAAUUCGCAAGUGAAAAAAAGGAUCUAUUGCAGGAUGGUCUAAUAAUUUUUCCGUA